GGGAGGACAAGGAAAACAAAACUCUAAAAAUAACUGUCAGCAUCUUAAAAAGAGAAAAGCUUCGCUGUCACCACCACCCCCCCUUCUUCUACUCCCGCCCUCUCUCCGCGCCACGGGGCACAUGUCUGCUUCUUACAACACCGCGAGGCACAUGGUCCCAGUUAGACACCGAACCCCAUCGCGACCGAGAGGAAAUCCACCUCUGUGGGACGCUCCGCACAGAACCGCCACCUCCAGCGAGGGAGGCCGGGGGACUGCAGCAGCGACAUGAAGAAGGGCUAGAGCGAGGGGACGCGGCUCAUGCGACGGCCGGGAGCGCCUGCGAGCUGGAUCUGGUGGAGGAUGCUGCGGCAGGUGCUUCGCAGAGGGCUCCAGUCAUUCUGCCACAGGCUGGGCUUAUGCGUGAGCCGGCACCCGGUCUUUUUCCUCACCGUGCCGGCAGUCCUGACCAUCACCUUCGGCCUCAGCGCGCUCAACCGCUUCCAGACCGAGAGCGACCUGGAGCGCCUGGUUGCUCCCAGCCACAGCCUGGCCAAGAUCGAGCGCAGCCUAGCCAGCAGCCUUUUCCCCCUGGACCAGUCCAAAAGCCAGCUCUAUUCGGACUUACACACCCCUGGGAGGUAUGGCAGGGUGAUCCUCCUCUCCCCACCCGGGGACAAUAUUUUGCUCCAGGCUGAGGGGAUCCUGCAGACCCACCGAGCCGUGAUGGAAAUGAAGGUGAACCACAAGGGCUAUAAUUAUACUUUUUCCCAUCUGUGUGUGUUGAGAAAUCAGGAUAAGAAAUGCGUGCUGGAUGAUAUUAUUUCAGUGCUAGAGGAUCUCAGGCAGGCUGCCGUCUCCAAUAAGACAACAGCCAGGGUGCAAGUAAGGUAUCCCAACACUAAAUUAAAGGAUGGGAGGAACAGUUUUAUUGGACACCAGCUGGGCGGGGUAGUAGAAGUGCCAAACAGCAAAGACCAACGGGUCAAGUCAGCCAGAGCCAUUCAAAUCACCUACUACCUCCAGACCUAUGGUUCUGCCACUCAAGACCUCAUAGGGGAGAAGUGGGAGAAUGAGUUCUGUAAGCUUAUGAGGAAGCUCCAGGAUGAGCACCAAGACCUCCAACUGUACUCUCUGGCAUCUUUUAGCCUCUGGAGAGACUUUCAUAAGACCAGCAUCCUGACCAGAAGCAAGGUCCUGGUGAGCCUCGUGCUGAUCCUGACCACAGCCACCCUGUCCAGCUCCAUGAAGGACUGCUUGCGCAGUAAGCCCUUCCUGGGCCUCCUGGGGGUGCUCACGGUAUGCAUUUCCAUCGCCACUGCAGCCGGGAUCUUCUUCAUCACUGAUGGGAAGUACAACUCCACCCUGCUGGGAAUCCCUUUCUUCGCCAUGGGUCAUGGAACUAAAGGAGUAUUUGAGCUUCUGUCUGGAUGGCGGAGAACCAAAGAGAAUUUACCCUUCAAAGACAGGGUAGCAGACGCCUAUUCUGAUGUGAUGGUCACCUACACCAUGACCAGUUCCCUGUACUUCAUCACGUUUGGUAUGGGUGCCAGCCCCUUCACAAACAUAGAGGCAGUGAAGAUCUUCUGUCAGAAUAUGUGCGUCUCUAUUCUAUUGAACUACUUCUACAUUUUCUCUUUCUUUGGCUCUUGCCUGGUCUUUGCUGGACAACUUGAGCAAAAUCGAUACCACAGCAUCUUUUGCUGUAAGAUCCCUUCUGCAGAAUACCUGGACCGCAAGCCUGUGUGGUUCCAGACAGUAAUGAGUGAUGGGCACCAACAGACAUCCCAUCAUGAGACAAACCCCUACCAGCACCAUUUCCUCCAGCACUUCCUCCGAGAACAUUACAAUGAGUGGAUUACCAAUAUCUAUGUGAAGCCAUUUGUGGUCAUCCUGUAUCUCAUUUAUGCCUCUUUCUCCUUCAUGGGGUGCUUGCAGAUCAGUGAUGGAGCCAGCAUUAUCAACCUACUAGCCAGUGACUCCCCGAGUGUGUCCUAUGCCAUGGUUCAGCAAAAAUAUUUCAGCAACUAUAGCCCUGUAAUAGGAUUCUACGUCUAUGAACCCCUGGAGUACUGGAACAGCAGCGUCCAGGAGGAUCUGCAGAGGCUCUGUAGUGGAUUCACUGCAGUGUCCUGGGUGGAACAGUACUACCAGUUUCUAAAAGCGAGCAACAUCAGUGCCAAUAACAAAACCGACUUCAUCAGUGUCCUACAAAGCUCAUUUUUAAAAAAGCCAGAGUUUCAACACUUUCGGAAUGAUAUCAUUUUCUCCAGGGCUGGGGAUGAAAACAACAUCAUCGCUUCUCGCUUAUAUCUGGUGGCCAGGACUAGCAGGGACAAGCAGAAGGAAGUCAUAGAAGUUCUGGACAAGUUGAGGCCCCUGUCUCUCUCAAAGAGUAUCCGAUUCAUCGUGUUUAACCCUUCCUUUGUUUUCACAGACCAUAAUAGUCUGUCAGUCACUGUGCCUGUUCUGAUCGCAGGCUUUGGGGUUCUCCUGGUGUUAGUCCUGACUUUCUUCCUAGUGAUCCAUCCUCUGGGAAAUUUCUGGCUAAUUCUUAGUGUCACCUCAAUUGAGCUGGGCGUCCUGGGCUUAAUGACGUUGUGGAAUGUCGACAUGGAUUGCAUUUCUAUCUUGUGCCUUAUCUACACUUUAAAUUUUGCCAUUGACCACUGUGCACCCCUGCUUUACACGUUUGUACUAGCAACUGAGCACACCAGAACACAAUGUAUAAAAAGCUCCCUGCAAGAGCAUGGGACAGCCAUUUUGCAAAACAUUACUUCUUUUCUUAUUGGGUUGGUCCCCCUCCUCUUUGUGCCUUCAAACCUGACCUUCACACUGUUCAAAUGCUUGCUGCUGACCGGGGGUUGCACGCUUCUGCACUGUUUUGUUAUCUUACCUGUGUUCCUAACCUUUUUUCCUCCUUCCAAAAAGCACCACAAGAAAAAGAAACGUGCCAAACGAAAGGAGAGAGAGGAAAUUGAAUGCAUAGAAAUCCAAGAGAACCCAGAUCAUGUCACCACAGUCUGAGGGUGGAGACAUUUUCUUUUCCAGUGUUGCACAACGAUGCAGGGCUAGUAAGGCUCAGACCUCAGCUGCUUGGGCUGGCCAGGGGUAACAAGGCAAGUCAGAUCAAGAGUGUAUUAUUCAUGACACAUCCAAGGGUCUGCUUUUUUCAGAGAAAGAGAUGAUAAAAUGAGGUGAAGUCCUAUACAACCUUGUGCUCCAUGACAGAUAAUUUUCCUGACAUUGAUCUUAGAGCUUUUCUGAGAAAUGGAUGGAUUGGUGUGUUAAAAUGGAAGGCUAAAAUAUCUAAAGAUUCUUAGAAGAAAUGGAGAAGGGAGUAAGUGGUCUCCAGAUAGGGGGUAAGACAGAGAAAAUGUCUAAUUUGUCAAGUCACUUCAUGUUUGCUUUUUGAACAGGUCAAGCAAAGGAAACUUAUGCACAUGGGAAGUACAUAUUUAAUCCUGGCUAAACCAAAGGACUGGACCGCCCAAUCCACUUUGUGUGUACAUAUGAGUAUACAUCUACAUGUACUUAUAUUUGUCUUUAGUGUGCAUUGGUGUUUUGGUGAAAGAAAGUGUCCAUUUUCAGGUAGGCUGGCCUCUCUCUAAAAGUCAAAUCAGCUUUAGCCAAAUAUAUACGCUCAUUAGAGAAGAUGCAAAAUAUCUAAUUGGCCACUUGAAAUCAACUCAACUGUCUAGAUAGCAAGAUUAUUAUGAACUGUGUGAUAACAAAAUAAACAGAAAUUUGAAUCCAUUAAAUUCUACAUAUCAUGUUGUUGGUCACUGAGAUCCUACCUUUUGAGAUGACUUCACAAAAAAAAAAAAAAAACCAAAAGGUAUUUGAGUUAAUUAGCAUGUGAACAAAUGUUUAAAAUCUAAAAUAGUUGAGAUAGCUUGUCAUUAGCCUUUAACGUUUCUGUGCAUUUACAUGGAAGGCCAGCAUGGCUGCUUUUGGAUACCUCACUCACCUGAAAAUGAGUACUUUAAGCACAUUGUUUUGACGUACAUCUGUAAGGAUACACAGUGUAUGUGAGAGAUGAAAAGAAAUAAUGAGAUACCCUAUCAUAGUUAAGCAUUCUUAUGUUAGAUGGUGAAAAUACUCUACUAUGUUGCAUAUAACAGUUAACACAGGAAAAAGAAAAUAUCUGGGGAACUUAGUGAGUAAAAUGGGUCAUCUACCAUUCACCAUCUCAGCAUCAAACAGUCCAUAGUAUAAGAAAAACUUGCAAACUCUAUAGAUUCUAGUGUGUUCCUUGGAAUACGUUUGGAAGCAUUAACCCAGACCAUGGUCAUAAUGAUGGUGGUCACCAUAACCCCUACAGUGUCAUUGUGUUGCUUGUUGGAGUACCGUUGUCUUCAUUAACUGGAAAGUAAACUCCUAUGGCAAGCACAGCUAUCUACAGGUGCCAUAUUAACUGUGUGUCAUUGUGCCUGGACUCUUUACAUUUAAAAAAACAAGUAUUGAGGUAAAUGUUUCCAUUGAGUUGGUGUUUAAAACUAUACCCCCAGGCAGGUACCCAAUCUGCUGGGUACUUACAAGGACUAAGGCUGCUAUUCAUGUUGGAGAACAUUGCUAGAAAAUUCCUUUUCCAUGCCAAAUAGAGAACCUAAGGAACAAUUUAUUUCUGGGUAGAAUAAAACAAAUGCCUAAUGAUUACACAUCCUGCUAACAAGUUCUUUUUCCUGAGGAACAUUUAUAAUCCCCACCAAUUUGGGUUGUAUAAUUUAAAGGCAUUAGCAAUACUAAUGCUUUAAAGGGCAAAGUACAACUAGAACUUUUAGAAAUUUCCAUUCCUGUUUCAGUUUUAGGAAAUGAUGUUGAUAGAUAACAAUGCUCUUCUAAGUGAUGCAAAUUUUUAGAUGGACAUCAUUUAAAUAAAACUUUAUUGAAAUGGCAUUUGUUCUAUUCUACCUUAAAGCCACUGUGUUUCAAUGUCUCCCCUGAUGUGGGUACAAUAACUAUAGAAUUAAGGAGAGACCAUAACUUGCCAUAACCACAUUUGGUGUUUUCACUGUAUCUGUAAAGUCAUGUGACAGGUAACGCCAGCCUUUCAUCUCAAGAACUUCUGUGCUAGGGGGAACAGAUGUUUGGACAGUUGGCCUCCAGGCCAUGAGCUAAUAUUUGAAGUUGAAGUUUCUGAGCAGAUUUUGCAGUUGGAGAACAGAAUUCCUCUUUCAAAGCUACUCAUCAUUUAUGAAGAUUGCUACCACUCACACCUGUUUGUAAAGACAGCCACUAAGAAGCUGAGGAUUCCAUGUCGCUCUGUGUUCGGUGAAACUCCAUCACUUCACCUAUUUUUGAUUUAAAGAUAACUUACUUGAGAUUUACAGUUACCCUAAACCAUUUCAGAUCCAAAACAAUAAACAACAACAACAACAAGAUUGACAAGCUAACUGGCAAGCUUGCAAGUCGCCAAAUACAUGACAGUACCACUGCAUAUUCUGCCAAAGCACUGAUUUCGAUGUCGCCCAAAGCACUUGGAUGGGGAAAGACUUGUUUAUGUAUUAGGUAUUGUCGUCAAGGAUCAGACUUGUAGGACAAACAGGAAUUUCUCAUUGUCCAACUGUUUAGAGAGGUGCAUUUUAGAAGGGAUGCUAUCUUCUCCAGAACACGUGAUUCUCUCUAAGGAUGUGUAGCAAUAAUUAACUGAAAUGAAAUUUCGUGUUCUGGAAGAGUUAAUGGAAUGCCCAAAAUGCCUUGUCUUGGUCUUAGGAAGUAAUAUAAGCCCAAACGGAUCUCCCCAAGCAUCACGGAAACCUCCCAACCUCACUUUGAAGUAGACAUCUCCAAGAUUUCCUUCACUGAGUACCAAUACUAAAAUAUGAGAUCAUGAUUUGCAGGAAACCCUCCAAGCUCAGCCUUUUCUGUUUGUUUGUGUGUUCCUCUUUCUAGUAUGUCAGGUUUUUACUUGCUUUGUCCAUUGGGAAGUAGUGAUGGCAUUCAAGUAGGACUUUACUAUCAAAGAGAGGGCCAUUCGAACCCUAGAAGAAAUCAGUGGGGGAAUCUUUUAGAAUUGCGGAGAAUUUUAUUUACUUAUUGUAAUGUAUUUUCCCUUGAAAUGGGAGAUUUUUAAAAACUUGUGAACCCCAGACCGUUUCUUGUUUAAACUGGACUGUGUCCCCCAUCAGAAUGUGAAACAUUCUUUAUGUUUUAUGUUCCAUCCUCCUCAAUGAGGAACUCACUUAAAUUACCAGCCAAGAUUUGUCUAAAAGUUCCAUGGGCUAACCUACAUCAUGUGGAAGUCUGUUGAAAGAAUAGAGAUUUACAUGUUUUCCGAUGGGACCUUGCAAUGACUGUGAACCUCUUUGAAGGCUGUGCACGAGAACCCUAUGACAGAGCUAUUCUGAACUAAGUUUGUAUCACAUGAAAGUCUUUCUUCCAAUUGAUUUCUAUCCAUUUCCACAGGAAAAAUAAUUUAUGUUUCAUCUUGUAUGGUGAAAGGAAGAAGUGUGAUCCAUGUAGCUCCUACGAUGCUAUAAUAGCCAUUCUGGUAUGUCGAACUUGAGUGUAAGAGCUAUGUUCUCCACUCUGUAAUUAUCCAUUUGCACUUUACCAUAACGAGCUAAUCCUUCUAGACUUGUGACUCUAGCUGGGGAUUAACUAUUGCCAUUCAGAAUUGUGCGUAUUUUUAUAUGUUGACUGUAAAUAUUGUCAUUACAGUCAAAUAUUUUUAUAAUCAAAUAUUUAUAAAUGCAUGGCACAGUGCACGCAUGAUUACUAGUAUGUAGAUUAUUAAAGACACUAUUUUCAGGGUUAUUACACUUUUUAUUAAAAUUCUCAUAUCCUCUAUCAUGAAUGCCUCAUGGGGUUUUAGUUGCAAAGGCCUAAAGUCCAUAAAAAACUUCAUGCUAAGGGAAGCAAUCAAAAAAUUGCUUUCUCACAGUGUCAACAACAGCCAUCUACUCUAAGAUGACUAUUGGGAAAGCGCAGGGGCUAAGCCAGGUCUCUGGGUAAAGCACCAGGCAGAAUCAGCAUUAGGCAGUAAUUAAAUAUGUCCUGGGUUUGCUAAGACAAGCCACAAGUUGCAGUACCUUAAAAAUGGACCUGUGAUGUUGUCUCCUGAGACUAGAGAAUCCUAUGAUUUACUCCCACUUCCCAGAGAAGAGUCUGUGUUCAACCAGUUUCAUUGCUCUUUACACAGCCCUCUGUUAAUUAUUUCAAAGGUGAUCCAGAAAGCUUUCAUUUCUUUCAAAGGAAUUUCAAGAUCACUUUCAUUCAGCAACAAAUUCUUUCUUUUUUGGUUACAAAAAAAGCCAAAAUAAUAAACAGUUAUGACAACGUUCCUUGGCAUCAAGUCAAAACAUCUAUGGCUGAAUUAGUAUGCCCUUGUAGUCUCCUCAUCUUAAAUUUAAAUACUAAAUUCUGAAUCAUCUCUGUGGCACAGGUCCUUAUGCCAACCUUUUUCCACACUGCACAAAAAAUAAUUACUUUUUUUUUACAGCUUUCUGUUUAAUAUGACUGCAGGGAUAGUGACCAAAACAAGCUGCAAGGCCUCUUUCCAGGACAUUCAGCACACAAGUGUUGCACAUAUGUGUAGCCCUACUUCCAUUUCUCUUCCAGAUGACCCAUGUUCAUCAGAUGUUCGUCGGUGUGGUAGAUAGGAGGGCAGGGGGGACUGCUCUGUGCUCCAAAUGUUUGGGGAUUUUGUUAGAUGACAUUUGAAUGAGAUUGGAAGAUACUGAAAGACAUAAAGCUACGUCUAAGAAAUCAAGAUAUCAGGGUAUGGGCGUGGUAGGAAGACAGACAUCAUUAAAGUCCUUACACACUAGACUUUAUAAGUUAGAAAAUAGCACAGAGAGUCAAUUGGUGCCUCAAAACCAGAGGUAGCAAAUGUACCUACACGUAAAUAUAUCUAACCCACUUGAUCGUGUUCUUGUUUGUAAGACUCAGACUCUGGGCCUGCUUCUGGAUUUCUAAGCAUGACCAGAUCCAUUCUGUGAGUGAAAGCAAGAACCUGAAGGACUCUGAAAAGAUACUUCAAAUAAACAUCCAGGAAAAUAUUUUUUUUCAGGAUACUGUAAUACACUUGAUAAUUUUGAACAUAUUUAUGUACUUAAUGAGGGCCUAUGUCUGUUGCUGAUGGAGAAGUCAUUUGUUCUUCUUGUAAAGAGGGAAACAAUUCAAAGAGAAAAAUACAUGCAACCAGUAUUUGCAGUGUGCAUAGCUAUU